AUGAGCGGGGUCUACAGGGACCGACGCGCUGGCCCAGCGGGCCAGGUUGGGGACAACGAUGUGGGCCUAGCGACUCGCAGGUUUGGACAAUUUGGAAAGUCGUUCAAGAGACAUGGCUUCCAUUGCGUCAGGCUCCUUGUUGGGCAGCUCAGUCGGUGGAGUCCGCUUCCCCAAUUCACGGUGCCUGGGAUAUUUUAUUUGUUAACUGUUUCGCUACGGUUCAGAUUGUUGUCCCUGCCUCGAGGCGCGCGCCUGUACAGAACUGGUGAUCUUGUGCGAUGGACAGACAGUGGAUCGCUGCAAUAUUUUGGACGAAUUGAUGGCCAGGUGAAGAUCCGGGGUCAGCGGAUUGAACUUGGCGAGAUUGAAGCUAGACUGCUCGAACACCAGGCUGUCCGCGAGUGCGUGGUGCAUUGCCACACGCUCGCUCAUCAUGAGAAAGUUAUCGUCAGCUACUGGACGUCCAAAGCAGGAGUUGAAGAUAGUGAGCUUGAAGAACAUUUGAAAGCUGAGCUGCCUGAAUACAUGCUACCACAGGUUCUUAUGAAAUUGGAGCGGCUGCCAAUCAACGCCAAUGGCAAAGUGGAUCGACAGGCGCAGCUGCAGAGCUCCUUCGCGGCAGUUUUGGGCCUCGAGGCCUCGGAGGUGCCUGUGUCGGCAUCAUUUUUCACUCUCGGCGGGCAUUCCCUGUCUGUUGGGCGGCUUGUGAACCUGAUACGGAGAGACUUGAACAUCUCAAUCACGAUCGCGGACGUCUACAGCACUCCCAGCGUGCAAAAGCUGGCAGAGCUGGCUGACCGACACGCUCAGCAAGCGGCGGAAAAGCAAGCGGCUCAAGGGGAAAGGAAAAAGGAGGCCUCUCCCGAUGGCUUUCCUCCAGAUCGUUACCCGAGCUCUUUCCAGCAGCGGUCUCUCCACCAGAUGGCCAACGUGAGUGCUGCAGCCUCGGCGGCUUUGAAUGUGGCUUUCUGCUGCCAUGUCCGGGCCCUGGCAGCUACUCCGACUACUUGCCAACUUUAA